AUGGCUCCCGUCGAAGAGAUUGGAGAUCAAUUCUCCAUACUACCUAUAAAGAUCCCCGCGACAUCAUCAUAUCCAGAGACCGCCUUUCACGAAGUGCGCAUACGGAGAAAUGCGCCCAAGAUCCCAACAGCCAACGACUCGCGAAGCCUGUUCCUCAAGAACAUCCCCGCAGACAGCACAGAAGCUCACUUCCGUGCUGUGUUUACACAGCUCGUAGGCGCUGGCCGAUUUGAGAGUAUCGCCUUCGAGGACGAGUCGCGAGCACUGCUACCUAUCGACCCUGCGCAAGCCACGAAACUUACUGCCCUGGUGAAGAAGAGAAAACGUGGGGACGUGGAAGCGGAGGAGAAAGAGAGAGAGGAGGAGGCUGCGCAAUUGCCGCAAAUAUGGUUGCGACGCGUACAACGCAGUAGUAGCACUGCUGUUGUGCUUCUUGCAGACGAUAAGAGUGUGCAACUGGUACUCAAGGCCAUCGCAAAGUUGCAGAAGAACAAGAAGUAUCCCUCGUGGGACAGCGAUAUCUCCGACGUUCCUUCGCUUGGCUCUGCGUGGAUCGCAUCGCAUCUACAACUUUCGCGAGUCGACAAGCCAGAGACCCAGAAGGCUGUACACGCCUUCUUCAGCGCUUUCAACCGCAAGGAGAAGGAUGCUAUCGAACUGGCCAAGCGACUGCGCAACGAGCCCGACGAGGAUGGAUUCGUCACAGUAACUCGUGGCGGACGAGCCGCUCCCGCCAGCAAGAACGAGGCCGAGGAGGCCAAGCGCAGAAUGAUCGAUAGAGCUACCAAGAAAAAGUCUGAAACCCAGGACUUCUACCGCUUCCAGAUGAGAGAGCGACGCAAGGCGGAACAGAUGGCCUUGGUGAGGAGGUUCCAAGAGGACAAGAGGAAGGUGGACGCGAUGCGGGAGAAGAGGGGCAAAUUCCGGCCAGAGACAUGA